GCUGGCGUCUGUUGUGUCGGAGCCGACGGCUGCGCCAUGAGCUGGGCGGCCGCCUUUCUGCUUUGCCUCGUCACUGGCCAGGCGCUGUCGGCGCCGGCAGGUCCGCUGUACGGCCUGAUACAGCGGCUGGUCCGCAACAACCUGGCAGGGGCGCCCGAGAACUUCCGCACGCAGCAGUGGGACUUCGAUCCCGAGGUCUCCGACCGGCGCAGGACCGAGUUCGAGGCCCGCCACGGCAGGAUGGGCGAGCGGCUCGUGGAGCGGUUCGGCCUCGGUGAAGACGGCUUCCCAGAGCUCCGCCUGCAGCAGCAGCUGGCCAGGGACGCAGCGCUGGUCGCCCCCGCCGCCCCCACCGCCUCCACUGCCCCCGCGGCGCCACUUCAUGACAACUCGGUGUACGGCUGACGUCAGAGUGCCGUGCAGCAGCCAUCCCCGGUGCCACUGCCUCGAUAUACUCCAUUGUGAGCAGCUUCCACCUCUCCAGGCGGUCGUGGCGCCGUGUAAAGCAGUGGUGCAAGUGAAACUGUGACGUUCCGUAACUCCUCAUCUUCUGCACGGGCUAAUUUUACAAAGGAAACCAGAUUUCCAGCCAUAUGGCCAUGACGUGCUUUCCACUAUUAAAAAAGUGUUAUAAAA